CAAGCCAGGUUGGCCGAACAGAAUGCGUGCGUCAGUCCAGGAUGCAGGUCUGCUUCCCCGUGGGGCAGCCGCGGCGACGUCCGGCGUCUCCUCCUUCCGAGCGGCCGUCGGCGCGCAUGGCAGCACCGAGCAGUGGAUUGCAGCGCUCGCGCUGCUCCGGGAUGCCACUCGGUCGCGCGCAAGAGUCGAUGCCUCUCUCCACAACGUCCCAUCAGCACGUGUGGAAAGUGCGCGCGGUGGCGGGAGGCGGUGUCGCUGCUCGGGGGAAUGGUGGGGGGGGAGUGGGAGCCAGACGUGGUCAGCUACAGCGCUGGGAUCAGCGCGUGUGCGAGGGGCAGACAGUGGCUGCUGGCGCUGUCGCUGCUCAGGUGCAUGCGGGAGGUUCGGCUCGAGCCCAACAUCAUCAGCUACAGUGCUGCAAUGACCGCGUGCGAGAAGGGGGGGCAGUGGGAACAGGCGCUGUCGCUGCUCAGCGAGUCGCAGGAGGCGAGUCUGGAGCCCAACGUAUUCUCUUCAGCUACAGCGCCGUGAUCAGCGCUUGCGAGAAAGGUGGGCAGUGGCAGCAGGCACUGUCGCUGCUGGGCGAGAUGUGGGAGGCGCUGCUGGAGCCGAACGUGAUCAGCUACAGCGCUGGGAUCAGCGCAUGUGAGAAGGAAGGGCAGUGGCAGCACGCUCUGACUCUGCUCGUUGAGAUGUUGGGGGCGAGGCUCGAGCGAGACGUCAUCAGCUACAGUGCUGGGAUCAGCGCCUGCGCGAGGGGCGGGCAGUGGCAGCGUGCCUUGUCGCUGCUCAGCGAGCUACGGGAGGCGAGGCUGGAGCCCAACGUCAUCAGUUGCAGCGGCGGGAUCAGCGCGUGCGAGAAGGGAGGGCAGUGGCAACAGGCGCUGUCGUUGCUGAGAGAUAUGUGGGAGGCGAAGCUGGAGCUGGACGCGAUCAGCUACAAUGCUGGGAUCAGCGCCUGCGGGACAGGCGAGCAUUGGCAGGAGGCGCUGUCUUUGCUGCGCGAAGUGCUCGAGGUGACGCUUGAACCAGACGUGUUCAGUUACAGCAGCGGGAUCAGCGCGUGUGCAAAGAGCGAUCAGUGGCAGUACGCGCUGUCUCUGUUCGGGGAGCUGUUCGAAGCUAAACUGCCACCUAACGUCGUUAGCUACACCGCGGGGAUUACUGCCUGCGAAAGAGGAGGGCGGUGGCAGCAGGCGGUAUCGUUGCUCAGCGACAUGUGGAGGGCGAAGUUACCACCCACUGUCAUCAGCUGUAGCGCGGGAAUUAGUGUUUGCGAAAAGUUUGGACAGUGGCAGCAGGCGCUGUUGUUGCUGGGGAACCUGAGGGAAGCGAAGCUGCAGCCAGAUGUUCAGCUACAACGCUGGCAUGAGUGCGUGCGAGAAGGGUGGGCACUGGCAGCAGGCGCUGUGUCUGUUCGGAGAGCUGCGGAGAGAGAAGCUGGAGCCCGACGUCAUCAGCUACAGCAGUGCGGCCAGCUCCUGUGCGACGGGCGGGCAGUGGCAGCAAGCCGUGUCGUUGCUCCGCGACAUGCUGGAGGCGAGGUUCGAGCCAGACUCAGCUUCAAUGCUGGGAUCAGCGCCUGCGAGAAGGGCGGUCAGUGGCAGCAGGCUCUGUCGCUGCUCAGCGAGAUGUGGGAGGUGACGCUGGAGCCCGACUCAGUUUCAACGCUGGGACCAGCGCCUGCAGGAACGGCGGGCAGUGGCAGCAGGCUCUGUCGCUGCUCAGCGGGAUGUGGGAGGCGACGCUGGAGCCUGACGUCUGUCGUCUCUGAUGUGUCGUUGCGCCAUGAUUCGCUCUGUCUGCCGUGCCGCAGCACUGUUGUCUGGAAGGUGAGCCGUGCCGCAUGUGGGCUGCCGUCCUCACUUUGCAUGCGAGUGCGAUCUCGUGAACGGUAGUCCACGGGCCAGCCCUAGCCCAAGUCAGCUACAACGCUGCGAUCGGCGCGUGCGAGCGAGGCAGCCAGUGGCAGCCGGCCCUGUCGCUGCUCGACGAGAUGUGGCAGGCGAAGGCAGAGCCCGACCUCAUUCACGUACACCGCUUGGAUAAGCGCGUGUGGGAAGGCCGAGCAGUGGCAGCGGACUGCGGUGCUGCUCGGCAAGAUGCGGGAGGUGAAGCUGGAGCCCGACGGCGGCGUUCGCAACAUCGGCAUCAGCGCUUGUGAGAGGGCCAGUUGUCUUGAUCCUGGGUCCUGGAUGCUCUCUGGUCCAAGCAGGGUUGCACUCCUGCGAGGCCGGGCCCAGGCGCCGGUGGCAGCAUGACAAGUCUUGACGAGUUCUUCGGGGCUCCCCGCCGUUCAUCCGAAGCGCUGCAGCCAGGGCGCGCGAGGAAGGCGACCAGCGGCAGCUGGUCUUGGUGCUGCUCAGCGAGAUGUGGGGUCCGAUGGCACAAGCCCUCGAUUGGCAGCGUCGCGCCAGUGAAUGUACGUCUCCGUCAGUUGCUGCGUGACUCUGGGGCCAGCGGUUGCCAGAAAGCGGCACGUCCUGCCGUGGGUGCCGGCUCCGUCCUGGCCCCAGCAGGCGGCCCCUCCCGAGAGGCGCAGUCUGAGGGUGACGGCAGCCCCACCACGACGUUGGGGCCAGCACUUGCGAGAAGGGCGAACACUGGCAACAGGCUCUCUGCUCAGCGAUCCUGUCACCAGAGCGCCGAGCAACGAGAUCAGUGGGGUGGUAUCGGUGAACUCGGACAUGAGCUCACGGGCCCGAUCUGGAGGAAACGGAGCGAGGAGGCACG